ACGCGGAUUCACCUCGUGUAUGAAGCAGCAUGUUGUCUACGCGUCGUUGAUCUGUACGGUUUAUGAUCGUGUUCGCAUUUAUUCGUGCGACCUGCACACGGUUAAAUACUCGUUCUCACGCACUAAAUAAGUUGUUUAAGAGUGUCAGCAUGUGUAAAGAGCUGAAGACGAGAGUCUUGCGACUGCCAGCGCUGAGUUCAGAUGAGCUGAUGUCACAGCCGGAAUGGGCAGAUAUCCUGAACUCUACUGUACAGGCUUUGAAGGCUGGUCAGGUUGUGGCUGUUCCUACUGACACCAUCUACGGUCUCGCCUGUGUGGCUCAAAACUCAGACGCCAUCAGGAGAGUUUAUGAUAUCAAAGGCAGGAGUGGAGACAAACCUUUAGCCAUCUGUGUUGGAGAAAUACAGGACAUAUACAGGUUCUGUAAAGUGUCUGUGAAGGAGGAACUGCUAAGAGAUUUGCUGCCUGGACCCGUAACGCUGGUGCUGGAGAGAUCAGCCACACUGAACGGUGAUCUGAAUCCUUUUACUAAGCUCAUAGGGGUCCGUAUUCCAGACCACCUGUUCAUGCGGCGCCUCUGUCAGAUGUGCAGUGAGCCGCUCGCUCUCACCAGUGCUAACGUCAGUGCACACAACAGUACGCUUGCUGUUCAUGAGUUUGAGGAUUUGUGGCCCAGUCUGUCUGUUGUAGUGGACGGUGGCCCGAUUGGAGACAAAAGUCGUCUGGGUUCAACAGUAGUAGAUCUUUCUGUGUGUGGCAGAUACCAUAUAAUCAGACCUGGAUGUGCCCUCACUGCAACAGUUCAGGUACUGGAGGGCAAGUAUGGACUGCUGGAGAAUUCUGUCAAUCAAUGAGUUCAAGCACACUAAACCUGCUGUAGGUCACAGUCAGCAUGUACACAGACCAGUGGAUGGUUUGGAUGACCAAAGAGAAGGUGUCAUCAAAAGUGUCUGUAAAUGUCAUUCUCACUAUUGGGCCUUUUCAGAUAGUUUGGGGUUUGGUGAUUUAUGAGUUGAAUGUGUUUUUUAAACUAUAAUUUCAAGCCUUUUAAGUCCUCAGAUACAAUUUCUCAAGCAUGUUGGAGAUCAAAAUGAUCACUCAGGCAAACGUUCAGCUCCUAAGGUAACUUACAGUCUUGCGUUACUGCAUAGGUGUUGGUUUAGUGCUUUUCUGUUGAGGAAUCCUUCGAUGUAUAUUGCGUUGAAGCGACAGUGGUAUGGUGAGAAUAUACAUUUUUCAAGAUACUGGACACUUGGAAGCUUGAUGUUUUGAUAGCUUUGUUACAGUACAGAUUCAAAGACUUUUUAUUCAUAUUUAUUGCCAGUUUAAAUUCAGUAUAUUGUGCAAAUUUCUAAUGAUUGUUUGCUCUCUGGCAGAGCUGCACUUAUAUUUUUAUAAAAAUGAGUACAACAUUAAAACUGAUGUGAAGAGGAUCUUAUUACUGUACUGAAUUAAAUUAUGGACCGAGUAAAUCAUCUUAUUGUGUGGUCUUUAAAAAACA